AUGACUUUGCAGAUGAUAUAUGGAGGCGGUUCCAGUGAAAUAAUAUCUGUAUUUAGCGCUGACGUAUGGUUCAUUAUAUUCUUAACAAAACUCAUAUUACUGAAUCAUAUCUGCGAAAAUGUGAGUGCCAAGGCGCAAGAAACUAAGAAACUAAUUCAUAAAUUAACGAAUUUUAUCCAUUUUGCCGAAGCACAUGAUGAGGUUUAUCAAUUUGUACUACAAAUAACACUGCGACCGUUGAAGUUUAGUGGAUUAGGCUUAUUUUAUUUUGGCUAUAAAUUUAUUCGUGAGUUCUUCGUCUGGAUUCUUACUGCCGUUAUUUUUAUGAUGCAAAUGGAUUCUUCUCCGAUAUCUCGA